AUGGCGGCUAUCCGCGUGCGGUCCGGGGCAGCACUGGCCCCAGCGCCAGCUGGACGAGUCUUACUGGAGGUGGCUGUGGUGGGCGCCACAGGGACCGACGGCGCCGACGACGGCGAUAGCGGUGGCGACGGCAACGGAGGAUGUUCCGUGUUGUUGAGGUUCAGUUUUCCAGCAGAGAGGCCGCUUGCGAGGAACGCCAUCGCAGCGGCAGGCGCACUAACGAAUGCAAAGGACGUGGUCUCGGAGCUGCAAGCGGGUCGUCUCACAGCGAGGGGCUCUCGGGCCGCUGUCGGUGCAGCACCCACGGCCCGGGGGACUGUACUCGCGGACAAGCAGCCAAUGGAGCCGGCGCCGGGUUUGGAGUUAAAGGCGCAACUUAGCUUGCCAGGGGCCGUGUGCAGCAUACACCCGCUGAAGAAGGUCCGCAUCACCGGCAGCAGCGGCUGCGGUGCUGGCGGUAGUAGCGGCGGCAAGGGCGCAGGACAGUCCAGGGUGGAUCAGGGCUGCGGUCCAAGGGGACAUGAUGAAGAUGAUGACUGUAAUGGGAGCAGCAGGCCCGCAGCAGCGGUGGCGGCGACUUUUGCAGCGGUGCUCUGCGGCGACGCGGCGCGGAGCCUGGUGGUGAUACGUGUGCAGUGUGACGGCCGGCAGACAGCGCGGAAGCUGUGGAUGGCAGCGGCGGGGAGGAAGCACACAGCAGCGACAGCUGCAGCCUCUAUGGAGCCGUCCUCCACCACCGCCACCGCCGCCUGCUGGGCCUUGCAGCAGUUGCUCGCCAUACCAGGUGUACACUCGGUACUGCCGGUGUCUCUUCCUUCGGCUCUUAACAUUGCCCUGGCGCCGACGGGCAGCAGCCGUGGGGUCGGGGCCUGGUGUGAUGCGGUGCUGGUGUGCCCGGCUGCAGUGGUGGUCCUGGAGACCCUCGAAGGGCAGUUACGCGGAGUGGGAGGCGCGGACGCGGGUUGGGAGCGGGAAGAGAGAGCGCACGACGUUGCUCGGCACGGCGGAGCAUAUUUGUACGACAAUCAAGGUCGGAUAACCCGGGAUGACGUGGUGGCACAGCAGGAUGCGCUGCAGGAGGAGGACGAUGAUUGGGGCAGCUGGGGCCACAUGUACACGCAGCGCCAACGUCCGGCGCUUCAGCGCGGGUAUGAAGAGCAAUACAGCAGCCAGUACCAGCACCUGCACCAGCGCGAGUACCAGCGCGACCGCCACGAGCACCAGGAUCUGGGGGACGGAGGCCAUCCCUGCGAUGAGGCACCGGCUUACGAGGGCGAGGGCAGUGGUUGUGCUGCCACCGCCGGUGCCUCAGCGGCCGCUCCUUCGCCGCCCUUCGCCGCCGGUGCCGUCACUAGCGCCGUGCAGUUGGACGGGCCCCUGAAACAGGCCCGGGAUGGGGUGGGACAGCCUCAGCAGAUUCCAGAUGGGGAGCUGGCCGGUGGCGGUGGCGCUGGCCGAGGCGGGGAGGGGGCCGGCACCGGCGGCGGUGCGCGAGAGGCGGCGAUGGUUAAGGUGUUGGUGCACAUGUCACGGCGAUGGGACGCGGAUUUCCAACAUGCCUUGGAGCAGCGGGCUGCACUUGGGCGAAUGACGCACCUUACCGCCCAGACGGAGCGCCUCCUCGCGGAUGCCGGACAGCGGCCUCAGCCCACCUUCGGUUCAUCAGGUGCCCGGCCGCCCUCUCGCGCUGCACUGCUGGACCCGCUGAUGGACCUGGAGGAGGAGCUCCGCCUGCUGCAGCGUCGGGAAGAGCAGCUGCAGCAGCCGGGCGCUGCGCCCACGGGUGUGACCCGUGCGUCAUUAGAAGGUGGAGUGGCUGGGGGUGCAUCUGCAGCCAUGGACAGGCUUCUGGACGAGCUUUUAGGCGAUGAACAGGUUCCGGUGGCGGCGGAGACCGCAGCGGCGGUCCGCGGCGUCGCUGAUAGGUUCACGGUCAUGGCUGCUUCCGGGGGAAGUAGGCCCGGGGGUGGUUCUGUCGUGGCUUCGCAGGUGAUGGGGCCGGCGGCCGCGGCGGCGGCUAGGACGAGGACGGUGCCUAUGCUGCCGGGUGCUGGCAUGAAGGACGGCGGCAGCGGUGGCGCCAACGUUAAUCCGCCUGAAACGCAGUUGACAGUCCAAGACGUAUCUUGGUCAUUGGUAUUGGAGUCUAUAACGCAAGCGCGCCAUGGGAGUGACUGGGUCCUGCAGGCAGUACUCCGACUGGUGGGUGGGUGUGAUGACGUCACCGUUGACGAUGGCUCUGGUGAUGACGGUGCCGCUGGCGCCGCGUUUCGCGGUACCGGAGCAGCGCCAUACCUAACUACCACUACCACCAACGCAAAUACAACUACACCUGCAGCAUCAUUAUGUGGCGACCUGGAUGACGUGGCGCUACUGGUGUACUGUCCCGCAGGACUGCCGCUGGGCAAUGUGCGGGCCCGGUGGUCGGUGCUGCAGGGAGGGCGGCGGCGGGUAGUGGUGGAGGCUGGGGUGCCGCUGGGGGACCUGUUGGGACUGGCAGCAGCAGCGGCGGCGGCACGGGCGGCGACGGUGGCUAUCGCAGCCGAGGCAGUAGCAGUAAUAGCCACAGUAGCAGCGGCGGCGGAGAGCCCCUGCAGCGCGGUGGGUGAAAAGGAAACGCAUCACCAGCAACAUCAGCCGCAGCACCAGACGGACAGCAAGAUUGCCGCCAUGCCCCGCUCCAGCAGCAUUCCAGGCAGUCUGCUGCUGGUCACCUCUUCCCCGGCUGGGCGCAAGAAGGGACGGAGCAGUCCUGAUGUCAAUAUGUGCGAGGCCCUCCGGACGCGUCUGUUGGCGAUACCGGGGUUUCGAGUUCCCAGGGUUGGUGGGAACAGGACAGGUGCUCCGAAGCCGGGACAUUGCUUCCCAGCAGCAAUCCCCACUGCUGGGUCGCUGGUCUGGGAGGGGGCCCUCGGCUGGUGCUGCGUCGUGACAUUGUCACCGUACGGGGUGUAUGGCUGCGAGGCAGAGUUGUCGUACAUGGGUGCCAGCGGCGGCGAUGCCUCUUCAUCAAUUGCUCUUGACCAGGUCCAGUGCUACGUGACUGAGGUUUCUGAGCUCUGGUGUGAGCAGGUCGGCCGCCGCCUCACCCUGCUGAGUCCCAACCCACUGGUGGCCACCCGACUGGAGCGGCUGGAGGUGGCGGGUGAUGCGCUGCAGCGAUGCGUUGACACUACCUUGGAGCUGCUGGAGAGUACGUUGCUGACGCAGCAGCGGCAGCAACGACAUCAGCAACAAAAACAGCAGCCGUAUGCGACAGCAAGGAGAUCAGGGUCUGCUAGCUCGGGGCUAGCCAAGGCCCGCACCUGCGUGGUGGACGCGGCCAAGGGGACGGCUGCGGCCGAGGCGGAGCCUGCCAGCGGCGUGUGUUUGCAGGAUAUGCUGCAGGAGGUACAGCAGCUGCAGCUGCAAUUGAGCGCUGCUAUGGAGACACUCCUCACCUCGUGAACCAGUUGCGAAGAGUAUGGCAGCGGGCUAUCUACAUGCAAGCGGUGUCAGAGGUCGCGACAAGGACGCCACAUGGGUUUUUUAAGGUCCAUUAUGUAUUUACUAUCACGUUUGUGGAAAUUUUAC